ACUGGAAGAAAGAAAGAAACAAAAAGUAAAGUAAACGUGUUGUUUGUGAAUUUGAUGAAAUACUUAAAUACUAAAUUUUACAGUUGAUAUUUUAUCUAUUGCUGUUAAAACUAGUAAAAAAAGUUAAGUUGUUGCAAUAAAAUAAAGUACAAUCAGGUUGAGCUGUAUUAACUUAUUCUUAAAAAUAUAAUUUGUGAAAGUUACACCAUUCCCAAAACGAAAUGUCAGACUGGGAGACGGUAACCAUUUUGCGCAAGAAAGCUCCUAAGGCUUCUCACCUUAAAAGUGAACAGGCUGUGAACAGAGCCAGAAGGGAAGGCGCCCCUGUGGAUACCCAGCAGAAGUGGGGAGGAGGACAAAAUAAGCAGCAUGUCAUAACGAAGAACACUGCAAAGCUAGACAGGGAGACGGAAGAACUAAAACAUGAUAAGAUUCCCUUGGAUCUCGGAAAGACUAUACAACUGGGUCGUCAGGCCAAGGGGUGGAGUCAGAAAGAUCUGGCCACUAAAUGUAAUGAAAAACCCCAAGUGAUAAACGAUUAUGAGGCUGGACGAGGGAUCCCCAACCAGGCUGUCAUCGGCAAGAUAGAACGGGUCCUCGAAAUAAAACUUCGGGGGAAGGAUAUGGGGAAACCCCUAGUUCCCAAAGAAAAGAAGUGAAUUCCUUAGGACCUAACCUGAUCUCAACCACUGUUCAUUAACCUCUUGUUAGUUCUACUGGAAGAAACGUAUAGACAGAAGACCAUCCUCACAUUAGACGAACAUAUUCCUUCAAGUUGAUAUACUUCUAAUAACUGUUGUUUUGUUAUUUUUUUACUUCCAAUAUUUGAUAAAUAAAAUUGAUCUAACAACGGUAGAAAUGUGAAUAAAUUCUUAACUUGCUCCGUUUGUAGAAA